AUGAGGGCGUAUGCCCCAGAUAUACCUGCGGACAUGCUCUUGAUAGACAGGAUCCACAGGGUGGCGAAGCCAAAAAAUCUGCCUGACUCCAUACCGCGUGACGUUCUACUUAGGGCUCACUAUUUUCACAUUAAAGAGUUGGUCCUCCAUUCCCACCGCAACAGAGAAGGCACACACGCGGAUUUCCCAGCAGUGCGCAUCAUGGCGGACAUAUCAGCCACUCUCCGCUGCAUGAAAGAUUACACACAGACCACUACAGAACUCCGCAACCACGGCAUACGCUACAGGUGGGGCUUCCCCACGAAGCUGAUUCUCUCCAGACAAGGGAAGACGGUCGUCAUUCCGUCGCCAGAGGAGGGCAAGCGCCUCUUGGAAAAAUGGGGCCUACUGAAAGAAUCCCCGGAGGAGACUCGUUCCAUUAAUCGCAGCUUGAGUCACACCAUGGACAUGAACUGA